AUGACCCCCCGCGUUAUUCGAGGGUUCACAGAAGAAUUUGAACGAAACCCAUAUGACGUUGAUAGAAUAGAAAGCUCGUUUAGUACAGAAACCAAUCCAAAACUGGUUCCUGUGAUUGGGGAUAAGUGGUCGAAUUACGCAGAUGAGAAGUUAGAUAUUGAAUUUUGCAAACGGGGGGAGAGAGAUAUUACUGCAUAUGCUCCUACCCAGCCAGGGCGCAUGUCACAAGAACUGUACGCCCUAUUCAAAAAUGACGAUGUUACGAAAGAAAAUAUAGCGAGGUUAUACCCUACGGACAGAUCUGGUGACGAGAGCAGGAAAAUGAUGUAUAUUACGCGACGGUAUUACAAGGAUGCGAACGGGAUGAUCCGGGAUGCCACCAUGAACAACAGAAUCGUUUAUGAUCCAAUCCAUACAUUUGACAUCAUCAUGUCGUGCCAUUUGAUGAACAAGCAUCUGGGGUCCGAGCGUGUCUAUAGGUGUUUGAGGGAAUUCUAUGCCAAUGGGGGGCCACUUCUUAUAAAAAGAACACUCGAAUACUGCUCGGUUUGUAAUCCAAGCCUAAAACUCACCCCCAAAGUACAACCUAAACCGUAUCUUUUCGAGAAGGCAUUACCGCUCGAACGAAUUACAAUAGAAAUCAUUGAACCCUUUCCCAAUGAAAAGGUCGAGGGCAAAUACAGCAAUAUGGUCGUGAUGAAGGAUUUUAUCGGUAGAUUUGAAUGGUUAGAACCCUUGAAGAAUACUAAAUUUAAAAAUAUCGUUCCCGUGGUAGCCAAGAUGAUUCUGAGUUUUCCUAGAGUGCCAAUCUGGGUCGAGUCCAACACCUUGGACUGGUCCGAUCUGUUUGACAUCUUUGAAAUGAUAGUGACGAAAUAUGGAAUAAAGAUUGGAUUGGGGUGUACUACCCGUAGUUCAGCAGCCCAGGCAACUGCCCGUAUAAACAGGGACUUGAAUGACCACCACGACGAGUGUCUUUUCGAUUUUAACAACUGUCUCAAGUACGGUCCUACGAAAUAUAAUCAGAUCAAGUACCUAGGGUUCCACAAAUCACCUUGUGAUAUAAUAUCGCAUUCAGAGACUCAAUUGAAGGCGAAAUUUAGAGCGAAGCGUGCAUUCAUCCUAAAGCAUUCUCCCUCCAGUUGCGUAAUGAAUCGAGGGAUGGGGACCCUGUAUCUCGAAAGUCCUAAUGGAAUCCAGGAGGACGCAGCAGCAUCUUCGGCGGAUGAGUUGUCCUCCGCAAAAGAUGCUGAGGACGAGGAGAGAGAUAACAGCACGCGGGAAGGUUCCGGCAAUGGGGAAGAAAGCGAUACAGAACCGGCAGUGGAUCAUUCGCGACGCUCCAAAAAGAAGAAGAUUGCCGGAGUGAAGGAAGAACCGCAACGUUCUUUCUCGCCGAUGAAGGAUUCACAGAGGACUCUUUUCGAGGAGGAUUCGGAACAAAACGACUCAAUGGAACUGCCAACUCCUUCGACGUCUCAUCAGAACUUGGCCAGAUCACUGCAGAGACGGAAGUUUGAAAUCAGUAAAAGUGACACCGCUGAUACAAGCGAACUGUAG